CCUGCUAAGGAUGCUAUGGGGGACAUUAAUGAUACACAUAUUUUGGCCCAGCUGUUGAACUCGAUGGAUAACUCUAUCGUUGAUAUUGUUACUCACAUCGAUAUUGUGAAGGAGUUGUGGUAUUAUUUGAACGUUCUGUAUUCUGGACAGAACAACCUUUCCCGUAUUUAUAUGGUUGAUAGAACAAUUUUGCAUUCAGAUCUUGUUACAGAUGAUUCUUUUUUUCCUGCAGAUUCGAAGACUCUAAAAGCUGAAAAGAGGGAGGAAAUAUUUGAUAGUUUAAAGUCUAAUAGAUCAAUUGGAUGGGCCGUCGAUGUUAUAGAUCCGAAGGAGCUUUCAGCUAAGAUGCUAAAGAAAAAUAAAAUAAACCUAAACGAAAUAUCACAUGAUUCUGCCAUUGGCCUUGUUGCUAGAGUACUUGGUAUGGGAGUUCUUCUAACUGAGGUCUAUGUGGAUACUGUUGGUGAUGCCGAGAAGUAUACCAUAAAAUUGUCUCAGAAAUUUCCUGGUGUCAAGUUCAUUGUUGCAAAGAAAGCCGAUAGUCUCUAUUCAGUUGUCAGUGGAGCGAGCAUAGUUGCAAAGGUGACAAGAGACCGAGCUUUGCAUGACUGGGUGCUAGAAGAAACAGCAGAGAAAAUGCAUAGGAACUUUGGAUCUGGUUACCCUGGAGAUCCUGAAACUAAAGCUUGGUUAGAACAUCACAAGCACUCGGUAUUUGGAUUUCCAACAUUAGUCCGUUUCAGUUGGGGUACAUGCACUCCCUACUUCAAGGACAACGUCGAAGUCCUGUGGGAAUCUGACAAGCUAGACGAGGAAGAAGGCUCCAAUAGUCGAAAACGCCAAUUAAAGUUGAGUAGUCUUGGUUUCACGGGAUCUAAGAGGAAGAGCGAGGAAGUUGAAUCUAGUGGUAAAGGUCGUUGCAUGUUCUUUCAGGCACGCAAACUUGAGCAGAUGAUUCAUUUCUGAGGAACAGAAUUAUAUUGUUUUGUGCUCAUGGAUUUCUAGGUGUGCACGAAGUUACCAGAAUUUGUUGGUAAGUCCAAAUUUUCUGGUUUUAAUAUAAUCAGUGUUAGAUCUGUAUAUAAGUCUCCUCGAUGAGGGCAUAACUUUGGUAACUUCUGUGAGUGGAUUGGGAAAUUGAUGAGUUUUGAACCAA